AUGAAUACUUACAGAAGGUCUACGUCAGAACUUGAUAUAUGCCUGAGUCAGUACAAUACCUCCUGGUGUGGUUACAUUAAUGACAGGUAACCUGGAGGAUUUUGCGCUACCUGUUAUACCAACACUCAAGAUUUGCCAUACACAUAACACGCCGUGUGGUCAGAUGUAAAUGUCGUGGAUGGAUUAACAUCGUUACAGAGUUUGGUGACAGACACAGCACCGGUACUUAGAGGCCGGAAUUUCCGUUUAGUUUUCGAAUCAGUAAUUCUGGUCGGUGGAAGAGCGCAUUGACUUUCGCGAUGGUUCGUCUUUUAUUUUGCAUAGCAUGUUUCCUGCUUGUGACUCCAAACAGGGUGAGAGGCCAAGCCUGUCCCUCGGGUGAUAAUGUGGUCCAUGUUUGUCAGCCUGAAACCAAAGAAGGAACAUCCAUACAGGUGGAUGGGUCCACGGCCAAGGGUUUCCAUGGACAAUGUGUGUGUGAGGUGCAUGCCGUGGGUAGGGCUGUUGUUGUCACGAUGUCAGCACCGGUGGUACCAGCUGCCCAAUGCGGCGCUCUGGUCUUUUCUACAGAAAUUGGCUUUACUGCUCACUGUGGUAAUCCGGUGCCAACAGUUUCAGGCAGUAUAGGAACUGAACAAAAUGCCUUCCUCACUAUUGCAACGGAAAAGGAGGACACGAAUUCUGCCUAUUGUGUUAAAGUGGAGAAAGAAUCCGGAGACGGUCAACUUAGAGUCACCUGUACGGAAAUCACCAAUGCUGACCGCGCUGACAAAGCAACUACAACCACAACAGCCACAGCAGCCACAACUUCUAAAUCAGGAGGAGACAUCGUUUCUGGUUCAGGAGAUGACACCACUUCUAGAUCAGAAGGAGACACCACGUCUAGUUCAGCAGGAGACACCACGUCGAGUUCAGGAGGAGACACCACUUCUAAUUCAGGAGGCGACGCCACGUCUAGUUCAGGAGGAGACAUCACUUCUAGUUCAGUAGAAGACACCACUUCUAGUUCAGGAGGAGACACCACUUCUAGUUCAGGAGGAGACACCACUUCUAGUUCAGGAGCAGACACCACUUCGAAUUCAGGAGGCGACGCCACGUCUAGUUCAGGAGGAGACAUCACUUCUAGUUCAGUAGAAGACACCACUUCUAGUUCAGGAGGGGACACCACGUCUAGUUCAGGAGAAGACACAACGUCUAGUUCAGUAGAAGACACCACUUCUAGUUCAGGAGGAGACACCACGUCUAGUUCAGGAGGAGACACAACGUCUAGUUCAGGAGGAAACACCACGUCUAGUUCAGUAGGAGACAACACUUCUAGUUCAGGAGGAGACACUAAGUCUAGUUCAGGAGGAGACACCACGUCUAGUUCAGGAGGAGACACCACUUCUAGUUCAGGAGGGAACAUCACUUCUACCUCUGGAGGGAACAUCACUGCUAGUUCAGGAGAAAGUGGAAAUGGAACUACACCUAGUUCAAAACCAGGUGGAAAUUGUUCAGAUGCAGGCGGAUCAGGUGCAAAUUGUACGGAAAAUGCGAGCAAACAGACAGAUAUUGCAAGCAAUUCAAACUUAGAAGGCCCUAUCGUUGUCGGUGCCUUAGGAGGAAUUAUAGCCCUGCUGGUGCUCCUCGGUGCCAUAGUUUACUUGAGGGAUAGAUCUCGAGCGAGGAAAAUAGCAGAAACAGCAAGACAAAAUCGCAUCAGGCACAGUUACGAAAGAAUGUAAUCAUCGGAGUUGGAUUGUUAUGUUGUAAGAGUACCAUCAUUUCUUCAAUAUCACAGAAACUCAAGGCAAAAGUUUCUUGACUUAUGACGUGUGUACAUUUGCAAAAUUCAGCAAUGAUUUUGAGUCUUUUUGUUUAUGUCUCAAUGGUAUUAAGUCGCUUACUACAAGGAAUCACGAGUUUAAUCGUAUAUGAUAUGUGAUACAUGUUCUAAUAAGAAUAUGUUCACAUGUGAUAACUGUUUUACAAAGCUCAUUUCAUGUGAUUCUGUAACAGUUAUACUUUGUUAACUGAUUUAUGAUAUAAGGGGCGGACCAUUUGCUAUUUAGCGGGGGUGGGUGGGGGGUAGGCUUUUUUGGGGGGUAGAGUCCUGUUUGUUACUUCAUUUUGAGGGGUUGCGAUUUUUUUACAGCUUUUUUAUGGCACAUUUCUAAUUCAACCUAUGGAAAGAAUGCUCAAAGUUUCUUGCUGUUCAAUAAAGCAUAAUACCUGUACAGAUACAGGUGAUUUCAAAACAGAACAAUGAAAAUAGCAGUAUAAUAAUAUUAAAACUAUUAACUAGUUUGGAUAAAUAAAGCUUUAUAACCUAUUGAAGUUGUUUGCAUAGAACAUUCACACUUACAUCAGCACAAAAUAGAAACAGGUGAUGCCAAACGCAGCCAUAAGGAAAGAAUGUGACAGACAGGUGCAGGACAUGUUAGAAGCAAAUAUCAGUCAGCCCAGUUCUUCUGAAGGACACUCUCCUGUUGUCAUGGUUAAAAAACGGAAUAGCACUUACCACUUUGCCGUAGAUUAUAGACGCCCCAAUGCAGUUACCAAGCCUAUAUUUCCCCCUCUACCACGCUUUGAAGAUGACAUUGAUGCAACAUAUAGGCGACAUUUUCAGUGUCCUUGAUUGUGCUAGUGGUUUUGGACAAACAUCACUCCAUCCAGAUGCAAAAAAGAAGUCGGCUCUCAUUACACCUGAUGAUAUUUUUGAAUGGAAUUGGCCCCCUUUCGGUCUAAAAUAUACUCCUGUAGCAUUUCGGCAAACCAUUUCAGUCACUAAAAGAAAUAAACUGGCGUUACAUAUUAAUAUAUGUAGAUGCCAUCAUAAUAUUUUCUUAAACGUUUUCAGAACAUUUGAAUUUCUCCAAGGCUUUAUUCCAAGAGAUCAAAGAAGAAGGUCUCAAUGUAAAUUCGACAAAAUUCAACAAAACAAGUCACCUACUUAGGGCAUAUCAUCAGCAAACAUUGCAUCCAUGUCGAUCCUUCAAAAAUAGAUUCAGUCACACAGAUCCCAUCCCCUAAAAAUGUCCAUGUCAUGAGUCUCGUAUUACCGAAAAUGUGUAGCAAUUUUUUCUUGCAUCACUUCUCCUCUAUAGAACCUUCAGAAAAAAACUUGUGUUUCAAAUGAUCCAAAAGUUGCCAACAGGCAAUCACAAAGCUUAUGCAAGCCGCCCAAUCCUUGCAUAUCCCGACCAAGAGAAACCCUUUAUCCUCACAACUGAUACAUCUCAAUCUGCAAUAGGGUACAUUUGAGGCCAACUUGAUUAUCAUUGGAUAACUUGUAAUGAUGUUGAUAAUUCAUAUCUUUUGACAAUUCACGUAUCUUCCGUGACAUUAUCUCUGUUCUGUUUUGGGAACAACUAAUGCUCAUUGGUAACGUUUCUUUUGCUCGUCAGUUGAGUUUAUUGCAAUAAACUGUUUUUAAUUAUA